AUGAAGACCGAUUUUAAGUUCUCCAACCUUUUGGGGACGGUCUAUCGUAAGGGCAAUUUGCUCUUUACUCCAGAUGGCACCUGUCUACUUUCGCCCGUAGGCAAUCGGGUCACAGUCUUUGACCUCGUCCACAAUACCUCUUAUACCCUUCCAUUUUCGCACCGCACCAACAUCGAUCGCCUGGAUCUUUCCCCGAAAGGCAACCUGUUGCUGACUAUCGAUGAAACUGGCCGGGCAAUUUUGACCAAUUUCCAACGGCGCAUCGCUAUCCACCACUUUUCCUUCAAGGGGCGCGUCACUUCACUCAAAUUUUCCCCGUCGGGUCGGCAUUUCGCAGUAGGCGUCGGAAGACGCUUGCAAAUCUGGCAGACCCCAUCUACCCCUGGAACCGAAACCAAUGGCGAGAUUGAGUUUGCUCCGUUCGUUCUCCACCGCGACCUUGCCGCGCACUUUGACUCUGUUCAAAAUAUCGAAUGGUCGAGUGACUCCCGGUUCUUGCUGACCGCAUCCCGAGAUUUGACUGCGCGAGUGUGGAGCUUAAAUCCGGAGGAUGGUUUUGAGCCUACUACUCUGGCGGGCCACCGCCAGGGUGUGGUGACAGCACACUUUGAUGCAAACCAGGAAUCCAUCUACUCUGUUAGUCAAGAUGGAGCCCUUUUCCGCUGGGAAUACGUGACGAAGAAAGACCCAGAAACCGAUGAGGAUAUCGCAGAAGCCCAGUGGAGAAUUACGAAAAAGAAUUUCUUUAUGCAGAAUGAUGCGAAUGUCAACUGCGCCGCAUUUCAUGCACCCUCAAACCUGCUGGUGGUUGGCUUCUCCAACGGUCUCUUCGGGCUGUAUGACUUGCCCGAGUUUAACAUGAUUCAUUUGCUGAGUGUCUCACAAAGCAACAUUGAUGUUGUGACCAUCAACCAGUCUGGAGAAUGGCUUGCCUUCGGAUCCUCCAAACACGGUCAGCUGCUAGUCUGGGAGUGGCAGUCAGAAUCCUAUAUUCUGAAGCAGCAAGGCCAUCUUGACUCCAUGAACUCCCUAGUUUAUUCCCCGGAUGGACAGAAAAUUGUGACCACCUCCGACGACGGCAAGGUCAAGGUGUGGGAUGUAAAGUCAGGCUUCUGCAUAGUGACUUUCACUGAACACACUAGCGGAGUGACGGCGUGCGAGUUCGCUAAGAAGGGAAGCGUUCUAUUUACUGCAUCCCUAGACGGCUCUAUUCGAGCAUGGGAUUUGAUUCGAUACCGUAACUUCCGCACAUUCACCGCACCUUCUCGACUUUCAUUCUCUUCUCUGGCGGUAGACCCCAGUGGAGAGGUGAUAUGUGCCGGAUCUCCAGACUCUUUUGAUAUCCAUGUGUGGUCUGUACAGACCGGUCAAUUGCUGGAUCAGCUAUCCGGUCACGAGGGCCCUGUGUCCGCCCUUGGCUUUGCUGCUGAUGGUAACCACUUAGUCAGUGGCAGCUGGGACCACACUGUGCGCAUCUGGAGUAUCUUCGGCCGAACCCAAACUAGCGAGCCCCUUCACCUUAUGUCUGAUGUCCUCAGCGUGGCUUUCCGGCCUGACGGACAACAGGUUGCGGCCUCAACCUUGGAUGGUCAGCUUUCGUUCUGGUCAGUGGAGGAUGCUGUUCAACAAGGUGGUGUCGAUGGACGCCGCGAUGUAUCCGGUGGCCGCAAAGUAUCUGAUCGCACAACUGCCGCAAAUUCGGCUGGAACCAAGUCCUUCAACCGUAUCACCUACAGUGCAGACGGUAGCUGCAUUUUGGCCGGUGGUAACAGCAAGUAUAUUUGCUUGUACGAUGUGGGAACAGGUUCUUUGAUCAAGAAAUUCACGGUCUCGGUGAAUCUGUCUCUAGAUGGUACUCAGGAAUUCCUGAACAGCCGGAAUCUCACCGAGGCUGGACCUCGCGCCCUCAUUGACGAAACAGGAGAGGCAUCUGACAAGGAAGAUCGUAUUGACAGUACGCUCCCUGGUGCGAAACGUGGUGAUGCUGGUGCUCGUACUACUCGCCCUGAAGUACGAGUGACCUCUGUCGAUUUUGCCCCAACUGGCCGCGCCUUCUGCGCUGCGUCUACUGAGGGCCUUCUCAUCUACAGCCUGGAUGACGACUUUGUCUUUGACCCCUUUGACCUUGACAUCACGAUCACUCCAUCCAGCAUCCUCGCCACAGUCGAGGCUGCUAAGAGCGCUGCGGCCGCUGGCACUGUUGAUGGGGAAAACACAUUCCUUAAGGCACUAGUCAUGGCAUUCCGCUUAAACGAAUCCAAGAUCAUCCGUGCUGUGUACGAGUCGAUCCCGCCAUCUGAUAUCCCACAUGUGGUCCGUGCCGUACCUACGGUCUACUUGCCCCGUCUGCUUCGUUUUGUCGCACACGCAGCCGACGAAACCCCUCAUCUUGAAUUCAACUUGAUGUGGAUUGAGUCUCUGUUCAGUUGCCACGGCCGAUACUUCAAGGAAAACUCGGGAACAUUUGCCCCUGAACUUCGCGCUGUCCAGCGAGCCGUUGAUGAUAUCCGUGAAAACCUCAAGCGGUUGACCGAAAAGAACCUCUACGAUCUCAACUACCUUCUCUCUAAGCCUGUCCUCGCCGAUAAGAAAUCAUCGAGCGCAAUGUUAGCAAUGACUGCAGGUGACGCCGAGGAAGAUGACGACCAAAUGGCCGACGCCGACGUCGACGACACAGAGGGCGACUGGGUUGGAUUGGAAUAA